AGAUAAUAUAAACUUCUCCCAGUUUUCACUGCUUUUUUAUCUGAACUGGUUGACUUCGUAUUAGAAAUUGGACUAAAUUUAAACAGCAGAUCAUAACUCGAAGAAUAAGAAAAUCUGAACAACAAAAAUGAUUCAUUUCAUGCUAUUAUUCAGCCGUCAAGGUAAACUGAGAUUACAAAAAUGGUUUGUUGCUCAUCCGGAGAAGACUAAGAAGAAAUUUAUAAGAGAAUUAAUAACAAGCGUCGUUGCAAGAAAGCCAAAAAUGUGUAAUUUCAUCGAAUGGAAGGACAUGAAAGUUAUUUAUAAAAGGUACGCCAGCUUGUAUUUCUGCUGUUGUGUCGAAAAGAAUGAUAAUGAGUUAAUGAUACUUGAAUUAAUUCAUCGAUACGUUGAACUUUUAGAUAAGUAUUUCGGGAACGUUUGUGAACUAGAUAUUAUCUUUAAUUUCGAGAAAGCCUAUUAUAUUUUGGAUGAAUUCCUCUUAGGAGGUGAAGUGCAGGAGAGUUCUAAACGGAACGUUCUUAGAGCCGUUGCGUCCGGAGAUGCUUUGCAAGAAGUUUGUUGAUCUUUAUUUAUUGAGUAGGAAAUAUAUAGGAAAUCACUCGGCAUUGCAAAAUCUAGGGAAAAAGAGUAUCUAAAUAUUUACAGUAUUUUAUUAAAACUAUGUCAACAGAGAGAAGUAUCAACCGGAUAUUUUGGGAUUUAUAAUUCAGGUUUAAAAAAAAAGGGAAAGAAAACUAAUCUCUUUAAUCUUUGGUUAUGUAAACUAAUUCCCUUUUAACAUAUUCAUUACUAUGUAACUAACUGCUACCACGAUAAGAAAAGAUUUACAAUCGUUUUGUAAUAUAAAGCAUGUUUGUCCUCAAGAUUCAUACGCACAGAAAUUAUAGUAUAACAGCAAAUGAUACUAAUAUACAUUGAAUGUAUAAUGUAUAUUACUCUGUACAAAUAAACAAACUUAAUGUAUUAUAUAUAUAUAUAUAUAUUGUUAAUUUCCUUUUACUAUUGCUUUGUUUUUUAUUGAUAACAGGAAGGCGAAGAACCCCAAAGUCUUCUUGAAGAGUUAGGAUUCACUUAGUGUAUUUACUGUACUAUGAAAUUCUUCUCUUUUCAUCAAGUGUAUGUUAGUUUUAACAAGCUUUCACUAUCAGUAAUAAAGUUUAAAUGCUUUGUCUUUAGUUUUGUCAAAACAUUAAAAAAUAUACUGAAUUUGUUCCAAAU